AUGGGCAAAGUGGCGCCUGCCGAUUCUGGCGAAAAAGAAGAGGCCGAGAUUCCUACCCCUUCCGGUACAGGAUAUGGACAGGAUCUGCCUGGUUAUGCGAUGCCUCCUGGUUAUUCUGAACCUCCUCCAGCGUAUUCUCUAGCUCCCCAGGAGAAUCCGUAUCUUCAUUCGCAAGCAGCACCAUCGUCAAUCAUGCCACCUCCAGCUCCCCCAUCACCGUUGCCUCCACAACCUGCGCCAUCACCAACUCUGCAGCCCGUGAUCAUUAAUGUCCAGCAAAAUGCUCCGCAAAUGCAGUCUGCUCCAGCUCGAUCUCCUAUUCCCGAAAAACAGCCUGAACUUGGCCACGAUAGUGUUUUCUGCAAAUGUCCGAUUUGCGGUUACCAGGGAAUGUCUUCGAUCGAAAAAUCAAUUGGAGGAUACACUUUCCUUAUUUUCAUUAUCCUUCUUGUUUUUGUCUGGCCAAUCUCCUGGAUUGCGUUUUGCGCCCCAUCGCUCAAGGAUACAACCCAUUAUUGCGCCGCUUGCAAUCAACAACUCGGUUUCACGUACGCCAGUGGAGCAACGAAAUAG